AUUGACAAAGAUGAAGCGGCUCGGCUCGGCUCGGCUCGGCUCCAGUACAUGGUUGGGCCGUUGGCUCCGAUUUCUGCAUCCCAUCUUUCUCCCAUUCCUCAGUUAAAUUGGGUGUGCGUGUGUGUCUGCUCCCCAUUCCCAUUCUUGUUUAGUUUGUGCAUCAAGGCCAAGGCCAAGGCCAAGGGCAAGCCGAAGAGCCGUACAGCUGCUUCCCAUAAACCACCACCAAAACCACUGCCACCACUUUGUGAUCAAGAAUAUGCUUUAGGGAAAAUAGCCCUUAUUCACAUUUAUGGCGUCUGUUGUAUAAUUGUGUCGUCUUUCCUCGUUGUUUCUCUUCUCUGUUUAAUCUUUCUGGGAAUGGGUUUUUGGGCGGAGAUCAAGGAGCAAUCGGAACAUUGUUUUUGACCGAUCUCUCUAAUUGAGGAUUUCUUUUGAUAAAGUAGUGUCGGAAUUUUUGUUUUUGUUUUUAAUUUUAAUUUUUUUUUGUCUGUGGUUGUUCGUUGAUUCCAUGGCUGCCGGUGCGGAGGUGUUUGGUGAGGCGGCGGCGGGGAUGGAUUCCCCCACCGCUUUUGAGCCUGCAUCACCGAAACAUACAGACUCUGUCACUGAGAAGAGCGUUGAAAACAAUGGAAAUUCUGAUUUCGGUUCUGAGGUGGAUGUAGACGACGGUCCAAAGGAUUCGGAUGUUAAGCCCAAUCUCGAUUCGAAAUCAGAAAUGAAGAUGAAGAAUUUCGUUGAUAUGUUGGAAAAACUGAAGCUGAAUCCCCUGGCUAAGGAGUUUAUACCUUCAUCUAAUUAUUAUGGCCAAAUUGGGACUUAUGGCUUUGUGAUUUCUGCUAUGAAUUCUGGAAAUGAUGGUUCUCCGGACAAUCGUAAGAAGAGAAACUACAGCUCAGGCCGGAAAAGAACAAGUAGCAGAGCUUCUAAAGCUCAGAGAGAAGACAGUAUCAGGCGGACUGUCUAUGUAUCUGAUCUUGACAAUAAUGUUACUGAGGAGCGACUUGCUGCUGUGUUCAGUGGGUAUGGACCAGUUGUUGAUUGUCGUGUUUGUGGCGAUGCUCACUCUCGUCUCCGCUUUGCUUUUGUAGAAUUUGCUGAUGAAUAUUCUGCCAAAGCUGCUCUUAGCCUGUCUGGGUCACUGUUAGGAUUCUCUCCUAUCAAAGUCAUGCCUUCAAAAACUGCCAUUCUGCCUGUGAAUCCAACGUUCCUUCCCAGGUCUGAGGAUGAACGCGAGAUGUGUGCUCGAACAGUCUACUGUACAAACAUUGAUAAGAAGGUUUCUCAAGCUGAUGUCAAGUUUUUUUUCGAGAGGAGAUGUGGAGCGGUUUCUCGACUGAGGCUCUUGGGAGACAACGUGCACUCCACACGAAUUGCAUUUGUUGAAUUCUACAUGGCUGAGAGCGCAAUCCUUGCUCUCGAUUGCUGUGGCGAAAUGCUAGGAUCCCAGCGCAUCAGGGUGAGUCCUUCGAAGACGCCAGUGAGGCCAAGGCUUCCUAAUGCGUAACUGCAGAUGAAGACUGAUGCAGUGAGAUUAAGAUUCUACUUGUUUCGGUUCUCCUUCUUCUACUCGCGACUUUGUUUUCUUGCACCUGAGGUUAUUUCUUCUUGUUCGACGACGACUAUUACUACUACUGCCUGCUAAGUUCUUACAAUCAAUCUUGGAUGUUGAUUAGUUCUUACUUUGCUAUAUACUAUGCUAUAAUUAUAUCUCCUCUUUUAAUUUGGCUGCCUUCAGCACUCGAAUGUUGCUUUAAAAUUGAACCAACUUUUUUGUUGGGUUAUUUAGAUUUACUUAUCUACUUUAGUUGGUCUCUUUUCAAUUUAUAAUUUCAUGCA